AUGUCCUCCGCAGGCGCGAAGACCGGUCCCGGCGUGAAGGCGCCGGCGCCGCUGAAGCUGCCGCUCGCGGGCGCGAGAGGCACAGGGUUCCUGGGUGCUCGGCUGGGAAAUUUGGCGGUCCCCAAAAAGGCAGAAGCCGUUUGCAGGGCCAGCCACGAUCGUGGCCUCUCUGCCACUGUUCAAAGCGCACUCACCACAGAGGCACCAUCAAACACUGUCUCUGCCACAAGGGAUGGCAAAGGCACCAAAGUCAUGAUCAUCGGUGGAGAUGGCUACUGUGGGUGGGCCACUGCGCUGCACUUGUCGGCCCGCGGCUACUCUGUUUGCAUCCUGGACAAUCUGUGCCGCAGGGAGUUCGACAUGCAGCUAGGUCUGGAGACAUUGACGCCCAUCGCUUCUGUGCAUGAUCGUGUGAAGAGAUGGGGAGAGGUGUCUGCCCAGAACAUCCAUCUUGAGAUUGGCGACCUGUGCGAUUGGGACUUCUUUUCUGAUGCCUUUCGCAACUUUGCCCCGGAUGCUGUGGUGCACUUUGGGGAGCAGAGGAGUGCGCCCUACUCAAUGAUUGACAGGCAGAGGGCUGUCUUCACGCAGCACAACAAUGUCAUCGGCACUAUCAACGUGCUGUUUGCCAUCAAGGAAUUCAAGCCUGACUGCCAUCUGGUGAAGCUGGGUACGAUGGGUGAGUAUGGCACUCCCAACAUCGACAUUGAGGAGGGUUACCUGACCGUCACCCACAAUGGCCGAACUGAUACCUUGCCCUACCCCAAGCAGGCAGGCAGCUUCUACCACUUGAGCAAGGUGCAUGACUCCCACAACAUACUAUUCGCAGCAAGGGCUUGGAAAAUCGCUGCAACAGACCUGAAUCAGGGCAUCGUCUACGGCGUCCGCACUGAGGAAACCAUGGCAGACCCGCUGCUCAUCAACAGAUAUGAUUAUGAUGGCAUCUUUGGGACUGCAUUGAACCGAUUUGUAGUGCAGGCUGCAGUCGGGCAUCCCAUCACGGUCUAUGGCAAGGGCGGACAGACACGGGGCUUCCUGGACAUCAGGGACACAGUUCGCUGCAUACAGAUCGCAAUCGACAACCCUGCAGCAAAAGGGGAGAUGAGGGUCUUCAAUCAAUUCACUGAACAGUUCAGUGUCCGAGACAUUGCUGACCUGGUCAAGCGACUUGGGGCUCCGAUGGGCCUCAAUGCAGAGAUAAUUCAGAUCCCCAACCCUCGCGUGGAGGCUGAGGAGCACUACUACAACGCAAAGCAUGCCAAGCUGGAAGAGCUGGGUCUUCAGCCCCACCUGCUGGGCGACUCCAUGAUCGACUCCCUCCUGGAAUUUGCCAUAAGGUACAAGGACCGGGUCAGGAUGGAGCUCAUCAAGCCAGCUGUGGAUUGGCGAAAGACACCUGUCACUUCUGGCACCGCCAAAGCGGCCGUGAAAGCGGAUUAG